AUGACUAUUAAUUCUUCUUCAUUAUCAUCAAUUGAAUAUUCAAGUAAAUCAAUAAUGAAAAAUGAAGCAAUAGAAACUGCUCAAAUUAUUGAUGAUAAUUCUUUAUCAGAUUCACAAGAUAAUCAUGAUGAUGAAUCUUUAUUUGAUUAUUUAUUUAAUUUUGAUUGGCUUAAACAAUUAUUAAUUGAAGAAUAUUAUAUUCUUGAAUAUUCAAUUGAAUAUGGAUUUUUACGUUUAUCACCAGAAACAAGACAAAGACUUAAUAUUGAAGUUUUACUUGUUACAUUGGGUAAAAAAAAAAGAAGUAUUAAAAAUUUGAUUUAUCAUUGAUUGAAAACUCAAAAAGAGAUUCAUCACUAUCUUUUAACAAGUUCUUUUUUUUGUAUUAUCCAAAGUUCAUUUGUGUAAUACACCUAGAGAUAAGAAUUUAAAAACUGACUCCUCAUAUAAGAAUUCUAUAUUAUUCAAGUGCUAAUAAAAUGAAUAGAUACAAUUACAGUAACACCUAUACAUGAUAUGUCAUCAUAAAGAAAAUGUCAAUAGCAUAAAUACACCUUUGUUAUCUCCCAUUGUUAAUCGAAUAUUAAUAUAACUAAAAACUGUUGCCAAAAUAAUAAUAAUCAUUAUUUUAUUAUUUAACGAAAAAAUAAUA